AUGGAAGGUGCGCAUCGGCAACGUCAAAAAGCAUACAAUGCUGACUUCGGGGAGGGCACUGCUGUUGUCCUACGACUUGCUCAACCGUAUGCUGGCAGUGGCCGCACUGUCGUCGCCGAUAGUGCCUUUUCGUCUGUUAAGACGCUAGUCCAGCUCAAUUCAAUGAUGGGGCUGUAUUUCAUGGGCAUGGUUAAAACUGCGACCAAAGAAUAUCCUAUGGACCAUCUCAAGGUUGGUCUAGUGUUCCGCGCCCUCGUGCAUGAGACCAAGAGCAACAAUAUCGUGGCCUGCUCUACGGUUGCGUUUGGCGAAUUUGCUUCCCGAUUAGCUCACCAGUUGAUUUUUAACGACUAUCUAACAGGCAGGGUAAGAAGAGAUGGUAAUGCGGAUGGCGAUAUGGACGACGUCAGCGUCCCUGUCCACUCGCUUCUAGCACUUGGAGAUCGCCCUCGAUACAAACGACUGAAGAAGACACCCCAGCGAGCACAACGACGAUGCAAGAUAUGCAAGAAGAAGGCCUCGUUUUACUGUGCCACAUGCUCAGACUGCAAUGAAGAAUCCUACUUUGCGCUCUGUCGAACAAUGACAGGUAGAACGUGUUAUCAUCAGCACUUAGAAGCUUCACAAGCUCGCUAG